GGAGUUGGGGGUUUAGCGCCAAGUUAAAGCUACUCCUCCCUGACGUUGAUGCUUUAAGUCAUCUGUUCUCUGCAAGGCGCCUGCUCAGAGGACAAGCAGCUCCUGGCCUGGACACACACACACUCUCUCACAGCACCUCCGAGUCGGAAAAACAGGCGGUUAACUUACACAAUACUCAUUUCUUUUUAAAAAAGUGGAUAAAGAGUGAACUUCAAGGGCAGAAUCUUGAGGUUUACUCCGAAACGGACACACAUCCCUCUGAGUAUAAUGCGGGGAGAACGGGAAGACACAGAACCGAAGUCUGUUGCUCCCGAGGCGCCCAAGGAAAGUACAGUACGACCGAGAAAGAGGAAGGCAGAUGUUGCCAUUUGUUUAAAAGAUCUGGAUGAUGACGUAGCAGAGAUGACAAAGAAGAAGCAGCGUGAGUGUGAGCUGGGCUGGAGUCCUGAUCCUGGUUACACAAGUCCACACAGGUGGAUCCCCACACCUGAUCAGGAAGAGGACCAGCCAGUCCUGAUAAAUGCAUGCAUUCCCAACUACAACGUAAACAACAUAUAUUCAACCCCUGUGCAUUGUGCCCCGCUGCCUGCGCUGUGCUGGGCCAGUAAGGAUGUGGUGUGGAACAACAUGCUGGAGAAGGAUAAGACCUAUACCAGGGACGUUCACAUGAUGGAGAAGCAUCCUCAUCUGCAGCCCAAGAUGAGGGCAAUUCUCCUGGACUGGCUCAUGGAGGUGAGUGAGGUGUACAAACUGCACAGGGAGACAUACCACCUCGCUCAGGACUACUUUGAUCGCUUCAUGGCCACGCAGAGAAAUGUCUUCAAAUCAACUCUGCAGCUCAUAGGCAUCACCUGUCUCUUCAUCGCUGCCAAAGUAGAGGAGAUGUAUCCUCCCAAGGUCCACCAGUUUGCCUACGUUACAGACGAAGCCUGCACCGAAGAUGAGAUUCUCAGUAUGGAAAUCAUUAUUAUGAAGGAGCUGAAGUGGAGUCUCAGUCCACAGACUCCCAUCUCCUGGCUUAAUGUUUACAUGCAGGUGGCCUACCUGAAAGAGACAGAUGAGCUGCUCCUGCCCAAAUACCCCCAGGAUACCUUCACACAGAUUGCAGAGUUGUUGGAUCUGUGCAUGCUAGAUGUGCGUUGCCUCGAGUUCUCCAAUGGCAUCCUCGCUGCUUCAGCUCUGUUUCACUUCUCCUCUCUACAAGUGGUGGAAAAAGUGUCAGCUCUGAAGUGGGUGGAGGUAGAGGAGUGCGUGAGGUGGAUGGUGCCGUUCGCCGUGGCGCUGCGGGAGGUCGGCGGCUCUCCCAUGAAAACAUUCACAGGAAUCCCUGCAGAUGACAUGCACAACAUCCAGACCCAUGCCUCCUACAUUACAUGGCUGGACAAGGCCUACUCUUACCAGGAUGUGGAGUUGGAGCGUCACAGCAACUGUCCUGUCCCUUCAGGCGUCCUGACUCCGCCCCUGAGCAGUGAGAAAACUGAAGAGUUGGUCCGAGUGGACGCCGCAGUGCUGAAAAUCAAACCGAGGAUGCGUACUCCAUCCCCAGAGCGGCACCUUCCAAAGUAGCGAAGGGAACACUGAAACUGACAAGAUGACAACAAAUCCUAAUUAGAUUUUUUUAUAUUAUAACUGUAAGUGGAGGUAAAGCUACCCGGACGUGUUGACGACUCUGCAGUACCAGUUCACACGCAUAUGACGGAUUUUUAGUGGGGAAACGUUGAUGGAAAUAGUAUUUUCUCCUUUCAAAGUCAGGCUGAUUACUUGGAUCCAGGUGCUUUUUAAAUGUCUCUGUAGUGUGUGUGUGUGCGCGU